GGCAAUGACAAGUUGAAAAAAAAAGAGGCGUGACUACAUAUGUCAUUAUUUUGAAUUUGUAGAUAGUUAUGUUGGAUUUUUUUUAUAAAGAAACGAUUUAAAAAUAUCGCGUAACGCUUUCAUAAUAUAAGGGGACCGUUCGACAAUGUCGAAGAAGCCAAUAUUCGUGGGAGAUUUGGAUAUGUUACGUAGUAAAUACGAUUUUGACGCCUUAUACCCGAAAACUCUUAGCUUCAAAGCGAACGAUUAUUUUAUUUUAAAUCAAACAAAUACAAAACACAGAAAUUGGUGGGAGGUUAUGACCCAGAGGGGUGAAAUCGGAUUCAUUCCUUCAAACUAUAUCGAAAGAGUCACCGUAAGCCCCGCUUUUUACCUUCAAUAUUUGGACCACGCCAUCGAUUACGUACAAAGACACGAAAUUAAAUCAGAAUAUUUAGUAAGUGAAAAAACCGAUUUGAUAUUAAGAUUAAAAGAAAUGAGGCGACAAGUAGAACUAAUGCCCGAAGUUGUUGAAAAUUCUAUUAGUGGAGAAGAUGGACCACCAUUACUUUUUAAAACUUCCAGUGGGGAAAUUGAAUGUAUUAAAUCAAAAAAGAGUUUUCCUUCAAAUAACACAGUAAACAUUCCUAAAAGUUACACAAGAAAUUCUUCUAUUACAGAAGAACCCAUUAAACAAAAGUAUUUAGAAAAAAAGGGGGCUUAUUCCUUAAAUUCGAGUAGAGAAUGUUUGAGGAGAUCAUUAGAAGAUGAACCUCAAGUACAAGAAAUAUAUAUUGCUCCAGAUGCGGAACGACGUAAAUCGGAUACAACAACACGAAAUUCCCAAUCGAUUGUAACAAAUAGUUCGCAUAAACCUUCUCCUGUUAUCACACAUCAAAACGUUUAUGAUUUAAUUGAAAACGUUCGAAUCAAUACAGAACUUUCUCACGAAAUGUCUAAAGUCGCUUUAGUUACUGUCAUCCAAGGUCUUCACGAUAUCCUUCCUGCUUCCGCUUUUCCUUAUCUUAGCACCAUAGUUAGUUUAGCUGAUGAAUCUUUCAAAGCUGACAAUGUUCAGAUUGAACAAACCAGAGAUGCAAGUCGUUUAAAGGUUAUUUUUAAUGAAUUAACAUCUUGUAAAGAAGAUUCUCAACAGAGAAGUUGGAUGUUACAUGAAGAUGAAAUCGUUAUUAAAGAAUAUAUUAAGGAGUUGAUUUCUAUUUUGUCAAAUGCUGAUUUAAAUAUAACAAGACAUGUUAUUUCAUCGAAUUAUCAUGUUAUUAAUAAUUUGAUAUUGUAUUACCAAAUGGAAACUCGAUGGCCAAUUCGUCAGUUAUUAUUACAAUCAUUUGGGAUAUUGUGUAAUCUUGAUAAAACGGUUGUGAAUAUUAUGUUAAAUUCGGUUCUUCCAUGUGAAAUUGCAAGAGACAUUGAAGAAAACCCAUCGAAUAUUUCAAAAAUUAAUUUCUCAACAACACUUUUAACAAUGAUUUUUUCAAUGGGCGAAGGAAUGCCUAUAACACAUUUCGAAUUCCUGGGAAAUCGAUUUAUAAAAUUUAUUCUCAACUACAUUGAAUGUCCACCAGCGGAGGAUAUCGAUGAAGAGAUCCCAGAUCUUUUCUUAAAUUUUAUUUUAGCGUAUAAUCUCCAAUUUCACACGUUACACGAAAACGUGGUCGUGAACGUAUUAAGUGAGAAAUCGUUAGCGAAGACUUUUACUGAAAAAUUAUUGUUACUCAUCAACAGGGAAGAAGAUCCUGUUAACAUUUUCGAUCACGAACCUCAACCGCCUCAUUCCGUUUUAAAAUUACUGAUCGAUUUAUUUGAUAGUAAGAGAACUGGAGGGUUAUUUUAUACAAAUGAUAUUCGAGUACUUAUUGAUAUUAUUGUGAGAAAUAUUUUAGAUUUGUCUCCAGGGGAUAAGAGAAGACAACAAUAUUUAGAACUUUGCAAACGUGUAAUGAGAAAUACAAAUUAUGGUGAGCAUCAACAUCGUCGUGAUGAUAUAUUAAAAUGUUUUACGCGGAUUUUCUGUGAAGAAACCGAGCAAAGUAAAAUCGACCAAAAAUUGGUAAGGGAAAUUAUGAACGAGUUUCCGCACUAUUUUAAAUAAAAAGGAAAUUUGGUAGGUGUUUUUUUAAAUUCGAGUUGUGAAUUUUUUAAUAAUUAUAUAUUUUAUACAAUUUUUAAUGAAUAAUACUCAUUUUUUUUCGAGCUUGAAGUUUAUUAGAAAGUAUUAAGUAUUUGUAUUUUAUGAGAUUAAUUAUUUAUGAAAUGUUUUAAUGAUUGAUACAUUUAUUAAUGUAUUUUUAAAGAGUAAUAGUGUACUACGAUAAAUUUUAUACAGAGUGGAACUUAAAGAUCUCCCACAUUUCGAAUCGGUUUUAAUAAUUAAUGAUAUGUUGUUUUAAUCGACUCAAACGUAGAAGAUUUUUAUGUUCCAUCCUUUAAAAAGGAGUGUUUAUUAAGUACCCUGAUAUAGGUAUAUAAAUAUUUAUCUUUUUUAACAAUGAAAGUUUUUGAUAAAUCACCACCACACAUUGCAUGCAGAGAAGUCACCUAUUUAUUUUGUGAUAUAUUUAUCUAUAAUAAUUACCAAAGAAAUAAUGCAUAAGUAAUUAUUAAAAAAAGACGUCAUACUUAAAACGUAAAUUUUAUUAUUAUCAAUACAUAAUAGAAGUGUGCCAACAUAAUUAUAAUAAUUCUAUUUAAACGUUACACCGCGGUUUUUCCUUGUAAGUGUAAUUUAUUACAAAAAAAUAUGAAUAAAUUGUUAUCAAUGACGGUACAAAUUUUCGAAGGAAUCAAUUUAAUCAGAACUGUGUAGUAAUAGGAUGAGAUGGAGAUCUUGCGAUCGAUUUGAACUUUUGUGUUGUUUGAGCUAAAAAAAUAAAAUGCACGGAUUGGAGGUU